CUAGGUGAUGGAGACACCGCAGUUCCGUUUGUCUUUCUCAGCAUUCGCACCAAGCAGCCACUGAGCAGUUUACUAGGCUAGGAAGGGAAAAGAGGAGAGGAGCAAAAAUGCAGGCCUUGCUACGAUUAGGGUUGGCGAGUAGUCUGACUUUCAGGAAGGUGGAUAGCCUGGCCCUGCAGUGCGCCAGGACUUUCGCCUCUGGACAGCAGACCAUCACAAUUCGUGAUGCACUAAACUCUGCAUUGGAUGAGGAGAUGGCUCGUGAUGGUGAUGUAUUCAUCCUUGGAGAAGAGGUUGGGGAGUACCAGGGUGCCUACAAGAUCACGAGAGGUCUACUUCAGAAGUAUGGUGCAGAACGUGUCAGGGAUACCCCCAUCACAGAGGCUGGAUUCACAGGCAUUGCCACAGGCGCUGCGAUGGCGGGGUUGAAGCCGGUGUGCGAGUUCAUGACAUUUAAUUUUGCCAUGCAAGCCAUUGACCAGAUAAUCAACUCGGCGGCCAAAACCUUGUACAUGUCUGCUGGGACCAUCCCAGUCCCCAUUGUGUUCCGGGGACCCAACGGCGCAGCCGCUGGCGUGGCUGCACAGCACUCCCAAUGUUUUGCCGCCUGGUACAGCAGUGUGCCCGGGCUAAAGGUGCUGGCCCCAUAUGAUGCCGAGGAUUCUCGUGGCCUCUUGAAAGCAGCCAUCCGGGACCCAGACCCGGUGGUGUUCUUGGAGAAUGAGAUCCUCUAUGGCGAGUCGUUCCCAGUCACAGAUGAGAUUUUGGGGCACGACUUUGUCUCACCCAUUGGCAAGUGCAAGGUCAUGCGGGAGGGGACAGAUGUGACGCUGGUUGCGUUUGGGAAGCUGGUGGGGUACAACCUCAAGGUUGCGGAGGAGCUGGAGAAGGAGGGCAUCAGCUGCGAGGUGAUCAACUUGCGGACGUUGAAGCCCAUAGACAGGGACACGAUCGUGGCAUCAGUAAAAAAGACGCACAGGAUAGUGUCGACAGAGGAGGGCUGGCCACAGUGCGGCAUCGGCGCAGAGAUCAUGGCGAUUGCGACUGAGGAGUGCUUUGACGACCUGGACGCGGCUCCCGAGCGCGUGACCGGUGCAGAGGUGCCCAUGCCUUAUGCUGCCAACCUGGAGGCUGCAGCACUGCCGCAGAUUGCGGACAUCAUCAAAGUGGUGAAGCGGGUUGUCGGGAGGUGAGAGGCGUUCAACGCAGCUGGAAACUGCGGAGAGACACAGUCAUGUACUAGAAUUGGGUUACAGUGAUCACCAGAGAGGACAAAUGAAUCAUGAAAACUAUCUGUGGCAGCAAGCCAGUGCAUGCAAGUCUUACAAAGGUGUGUCUCAUGUGACAUAGCCAGUAAAUAACCUUGCAGAUGUGUCUUGCAAGUCUAAAGGAUAGUCUUGGGCAUGUCUUGUAUGUUGCCAGUUUCUCUGUGGGCUCUUACGGAAAUAUACCUGACAGACUUCACAUUUUACUGCAUGAUGCCAGAUCGUGGCCUUCGCAAGCUUGGCCAUUUCAAGCGCUGCGCUCAUUGAGUUGUUGCAAGACUUCGUAGAGCGUUGUGCUUGGAAAUUACACUUGAUCUCUUC